AUGAAGGUCUCUUCAGCGGAGGUGCGCAUUGGGCCCAUGAGACUGACGCAGGAUCCUAUUCAGGUUUUGCUGAUCUUUGCAAAGGAAGAUAGUCAGAGUGAUGGAUUCUGGUGGGCCUGUGACAGAGCUGGUUAUAGAUGCAAUAUUGCUCGGACUCCAGAGUCAGCCCUUGAAUGCUUUCUAGAUAAACAUCAUGAAAUUAUCGUAAUAGAUCACAGACAAACUCGAAACUUUGAUGCAGAAGCGGUGUGCAGGUCGAUCCGGGCCACAAAUCCUUCCGAGCACACAGUGAUCCUUGCGGUGGUUUCACAAGCGUAA